CUUUUUAUUGAAUGCCAAAUUUGUACAAAAAUAAUUUUCGCCCAAUUGAGACAAUUUUUGAAUUAAUAAUUGUCUAUUUUUGUGAUGAUCAUUGAAUUUACAGUUAUAAAUAAUUUAUGCUAAAUUUCAUUCAAUAACACCCGAAAUUCUGAUAAAUUAAAAAAAAAUUUAAAGAUAAGGAUAAGAAAGAAAGCAAAAAAGCAGGUUUCAAUUCAAGAAAAAGUUAAUCCCAGUUAAUUAAGUAAUUAAUCAAGAAAAGUUUUAAAGGAAAACGGAAAUAAUUCAUUAGAACUGAGAAAAGGAAUAUACAUAUAUACAUGCAUAUAUAUAUAAUUAAACAUUUGUAAUACAACAAUUGGUUUUUUCUCAAGAAUUGAUUGGAAUAACUUUGACAAUUUACUGGCAAAGCAUUUAAUUACAGUUUUGAGUGUAAUAAAAAAAUUAUAAAUUUAAAAAUUAAAAUUUGAAAAAACCAAAAAUGAGUAAACGAAAAUUAUCAAAAGGAAUUCUAGAAAUGAAAUUUAUGAAACGUUCUAAGGAAAAAGUCGCUAAAGAAAAUGAAGAAAUUGAAGGUAGAGAAAUGUAUGCAAAAGAAACAACAGCAGAAAUGUUAAAAGAUAAUGGUACAAAUUUUAUAAUGGAACCAUCAUAUGCAUUAAUUGAAGAUUUAAUUGAGGCACGUAUAUCAUGUCGUGGUAUUAAUCCAGAAAUAGAACGUCUUAUGGAAUUAGAACAAUUAGAAAAGGCUGCAAAAGAGGACGGUGCUAUGGAUAAGGAAGUUGAUGAUGAAGAAAUGUCUAAAUAUAUAAAAAUAAAUAAAAAAUUUAAAAAGAAAUAAAAACCAGAAGGUUUUCUAAAAAAUCAGAUUUUGUAAAAAAUAUAAAAUAAAUAAGAAAACAAAUGAAGGAAAAUUUUAAUAAUUUUA